CGAUAGCCCGAUAAAUAUAAGGCCAAGCCCCAAGCGAAGCGAAGCGGGCCCAAGCGCCCAAGCCAGUAGCCGACAGCCGUCGCCCGUCUGUGAGUCGAGUCGACAUCGUCGACGGAGUCGAGUCGAUCAGUAGAAUCGAAAAUUUAUGUUCUGUGUUUUGUGGUGUGUAUUUUCCGGUUUCGCUUUUGCUUUGUGUGAAUUUAUUAAUCUAGUUAUCAGUGAGUGAAUUAUUACAGUGUUCUGAACUGAUUCUCAGUGGAUUAUUGAUAAAUAUUCGUUGUUUAUAUAAGGAUUUUUCGAGUGAAGUGUUCGUCCUCUUGCGUGCGCGUGCUCUUGUUCCGCCAUCAUGCUCCAACUUGGAGCUAUCGUGGUUCUGGCGUCGGCGUCUCUUGUCUUGGUGCUUGCCGAAGACGACACUGCUGGACCAGUGUUUUUAAAAGAACCGCCAAAUCGAGUGGAUUUCUCCAACACUACUGGAGCCGUCGUUGAAUGUGGUGCUAGCGGCAAUCCACCACCUGACAUUAUCUGGGUUCGUUCAGAUGGUACUGCUGUUGGAGACGUACCUGGUUUACGUCAAGUACUCGCUAAUGGCAACUUGGUGUUUCCGCCGUUCAGAGCGGAGGAUUACCGUCAAGAAGUGCACGCUCAAGUCUACGUUUGUCUGGCCAAGAACAGCGUUGGAUCGAUUAAUUCAAGGGAUGUCAACGUUAGAGCAGUUGUUAACCAGUAUUACGAAGCUGAAGUUGUGUCCGAAUACGUCAUACGUGGCAACACUGCCGUAAUCAAAUGCAACAUUCCCUCGUUUGUAGCCGAUUUCGUGCGAGUAGAAGCAUGGGUUGGUGAAAAUAUUGAGUACACCUACGACAGUAAUUACGAUAGCAAAUACUUGGUGCUGCCUUCUGGUGAGUUACACAUUCGUGAUGUGGGGCCUGAAGACGGUUACAAGUCCUACCAGUGUCGGACAAAACAUCGGCUCACAGGGGAAACGCGUCUGAGUGCCACCAAGGGACGAUUAGUCAUUACGGAACCAGUUGGCUUGAAAAAGCCAACCUUUUCGAACGAUCUCAAAUUAAUGGGCUAUGACCGCAGUCAAAAUCAAAGCUUCGCCAUGCUGUGUCCCGCACAAGGAUUUCCUAGUCCUAAUUUCAGGUGGUACAAAUUUAUCGAAGGCACUUCCAGAAAACAAGCGGUGGCUCUAAGCGAUCGAGUCAAACAAGUGGCUGGCACUUUAAUAAUUCGCGAAGCAAAAGUUGAAGACUCUGGCAAGUAUUUGUGUGUUGUCAACAAUUCCGUGGGCGGCGAAAGUGUGGAAACGGUGCUGACAGUUACUGCACCCCUCAAAGCAUCCAUUGAGCCGAAAGUCCAAACUGUGGAUUUUGGCCGACCAGCUGUAUUUACUUGCAAGUUUGAAGGUAACCCCAUCAAAACGGUUUCCUGGAUGAAAGAUGGCAACAAACUAGACCACACAGACGCUGUGCUUCGGAUCGAAGCUGUGCGCAAAGAAGACAAAGGCAUGUACCAAUGUUUUAUUCGCAACGAUCAAGAAAGCGCAGAAGCAACUGGGGAACUUAAACUUGGAGGGCGUUUCGAACCACCACAAAUUCGACACGCAUUUAACGAGGAAACCGUACAACCUGGAAACAGUGUAUUUCUUAAAUGUAUUGCCAGCGGUAAUCCAACACCGGAAAUCUCUUGGGAACUGUAUGGCCGGCGCCUGUCAAACAGUGACCGUUAUCAGAUUGGCCAAUAUGUCACUGUUAAUGGUGACGUUGUGUCACAUUUGAAUGUCACAGGAAUUCACACAAAUGAUGGCGGUUGGUAUCGGUGUAUCGCAAGUUCCAAGGUUGGCAGUGCCGAUCAUUCAGCCCGAAUUAACGUCUAUGGAUUGCCGUUUGUACGAUCUAUGGAGAAACAGGCCAUUGUUGCUGGUGGCACCCUGAUUGUUCACUGUCCAUUUGCUGGCCAUCCAAUUGAUACUGUUGUAUGGGAAAGAGACGGAAGGCUGUUACCAAUCAACAGAAAACAAAAAGUGUUCCCAAACGGAACUCUGAUCAUUGAAAAUGUCGAGAGGGCCUCCGACCAGGCGACCUAUGUUUGCGUCGCCAAAAACUCCCAAGGCUACAGCGCCCGAGGAUCUUUGGAAGUUCAAAUCAUGGUGAUACCACACGUGGUACCAUUUAGCUUCGGCGAAUCACCAAUUCACGCCGGUAGUACCACGCAAAUAACCUGUUUAGUCUCAGAAGGCGACCAUCCGUUAAAUAUUACAUGGAGUUUUAACAAACACCCAGUAAAUGUCUAUAGUAGCAUAGGAACCAUGAAAAUUGGCACCAAAGCCAGUCUACUUCUCAUCGAUUCUGUAAACGAGGAAAAUGCAGGGAACUACACCUGUCACGUGUCCAAUGCUGCCGGCGCGGUCGCAUACACUGUUGCUUUAGACGUCUACGUUCCACCAAGAUGGAUAUUGGAACCCACCGACAAAGCAUUCGCUCAAGGGUCUGACGCGGCCGUUGAAUGCAAGGCGGACGGAUUUCCCAAGCCUGUUGUCACAUGGAAAAGGGCUACUGGGGUUUCUCCAGGCGAUUACAAAGAUUUUAAACCAAAUAAUCCUGACGUGAGAGUCGAAGAUGGUACUCUUAUGAUCAAUAAUAUUCAAAAAACAAACGAAGGGUAUUAUUUGUGUGAAGCUGUUAAUGGAAUUGGUUCUGGAUUAUCUGCCGUUGUUUUAAUUAGCGUUCAAGCUCCACCCCAAUUCGAAGUGAAAUUCCGUAACCAAACCUCUAGACGUGGCGAUCCCGCAGUGUUGCAAUGCGAGGCCAAAGGGGAGAAACCCAUCGGUAUUCUGUGGAAUAUUAACAAUAAACGUUUAGAACCCAAAGGAGAUAACCGAUAUACUAUACGAGAGGAAAUUUUACCUAAUGGUGUUCUAUCUGAUUUAAGUAUCAAAAGGACUGAGCGAUCUGACUCAGCAAUCUUCACUUGCUUGGCCACAAACGCUUUUGGAAGCGAUGAUACCAACAUUAAUAUGAUUGUCCAGGAAGUGCCUGAAGUGCCCUACGGAUUGAAAGUUUUGGAUAAAUCUGGCAAAACCGUGCAACUGUCUUGGGUUUCGCCCUAUGAUGGAAAUUCACCAAUUAAGAAGUAUAUAAUCGAAUACAAACCAAGCAAAGCAAACUGGGAAAAGAACUCUGAGCGCGUACUGAUCCCGGGCGACCAAACAGAAGCUGGCAUUUUCACAUUACGUCCAGCAACCACCUACCAUAUUCGUAUUGUAGCCGAAAAUGAAAUUGGAUCUUCAGAUCCGUCCGACACUGUUACUAUUAUUACUGCUGAAGAAGUACCAAGUGGUCCACCAACGGAUCUUAGGGUGGAAGCUGAAGAUCAGCACACAUUGAUCGUUUAUUGGAAACCACCUUUAAAAGACCAUUGGAACGGCGACAUUCAGGGUUAUUAUGUCGGCUACAAACUGGCCAAUACUGAUAAGCCUUACUUAUUUGAAACUGUUGAGUUUCCGAGGGAGGAAGAAGGAAAAGAGCACCAUCUUAAGGUCACCAAUUUGAAAACCUACACCCAAUAUUCGUUGGUAGUUCAGGCGUUCAAUAAAAUCGGUGCCGGUCCCACUUCUGAGGAAUUUAAAGCGAAUACCGCUGAAGGAGUACCUGAACAACCACCAGACAAGGCCACUUGCACUACUCUGACUGCUCAGACUAUCCGAGUUUCCUGGGUGUCACCCCCAUUGACUUCUGCUAAUGGUGUCAUUAAAGGCUACAAGGUUAUCUAUGGGCCAUCCGACACUUGGUUUGAUGAGAAAACCAAGGACACAAAAAUUACUGCUUCAAGUGAGACAAUCCUACAUGGCCUAAAAAAAUACACAAAUUACAGCAUGGAAGUGUUGGCUUAUACUUCAGGCGGGGAUGGUGUUAGGACCACGCCUAUCGCUUGUCAAACUGAACAAGACGUUCCGGAGAUGCCUACCGCAGUCAAGGCCCUAGUGAUGUCCUCAGACGCGAUUUUAGUCAGCUGGAAACCACCUACUGAGCCCAACGGGAUCAUUGAAUACUACAUGGUCUACUAUAAAGUCGCCGGCAGUGAGGAUAAGCCAAAAUCGCAAAAAAUCGUGCCCAACAUCCGCAACCAAAACUUGAGUUUUCAGGCAAAAGGUUUGGACAGUAAUUUCAAGUACGAGUUUUGGGUUACAGCUGCUACAAAUAUUGGUGAAGGACAGCCGUCGAAGAAUGUUAGUGUGUCGCCAAGUACCAGUGUUCCCGCUAAAACAGCAUCAUUUGAUGACAGUUUCACUACCACUUACAAAGAAGACGUCACUCUUCCAUGCUUGGCAGUUGGUGUACCACCUCCCCAGAUCACUUGGAGCAUUAAAGGAGCUAAAUUCAAUCCAAAUACAAACGAUCGUGUUCGCCAACAGCCUGAUGGCUCACUGUUUAUUCGCGAUGUCACUCGUACUGAUGCAGGUGAAUAUUCCUGCAAAGUUGAAAACGAUUUUGGACAGGACUCAGUUACGCAUCAGUUGAUUGUAAAUGCUCCACCUAGAGCACCACAGGUUUCUUUGACUUCUACAACUACAAAUUCAUUGACCAUAAAAAUCAAACCCCACGAUUCUGACGGGGAACAAGUGCAUGGCUACACCAUCCACUACAAACCCGAGUUUGGCGAAUGGGAGAAUGUUCAAGUUGGACCCGCCACUGACAAGUUCACCUUGGAAAAACUUUUGUGUGGUACCCGCUAUCAACUUUAUGUUACUGCUUAUAACAGCAUCGGAACCGGCGACCCAUCCGACAAUCUUAAUCCAAAAACGCGAGGCGAAAAACCAGUGAUACCCAGCGCAGAUCAAUUCAUUGAAGUCAAAUCCAACAGUAUCACUUUGCAUUUAGGAGCGUGGUCCGACGGCGGUUGUCCAAUGUUGUAUUUUGUUAUUGAACACAAAAAAAAGACCAGUGCAGAAUGGAUCCAAGUGUCAAACAACGUGAAACCAGGCCAAAACUUUAUCUUGCUCGAUUUGGAUCCUGCGGUUUGGUAUCAUCUAAGAGUCACUGCUCACAAUAACGCCGGCUUCAGUGUGGCCGAAUACGAAUUCGCCACUUUGACUGUGACUGGUGGCACGAUUGCGCCGGCUCGGGACUUGCCCGGCAGUGUUCGAAUGCUGUUCCCGUGGGUGCCAGACUGGGUCGAGUGGAACAUCGCUGUGCCAGUGGCUGCUACUGUGGUGGUGGUUGUUGUGGGUAUUGUGGUCGUUUGCGUGGCUUUGACCCGGAAGGCACACGGGCCAUUGCAGACCAGACUGCAUAGCGAUUGUAUGUACGACGUCGUCUACAAUCAAUCAUGCAACGCAGCUUCAACGUUGGACAAACGUCGCCCAGAUUUGCGCGAUGAGUUAGGCUACAUUGCGCCGCCCAACAGAAAACUGCCACCAGUACCUGGUUCCAAUUACAACACUUGUGAUAGAAUCAAAAGAGGGGCACAUUAUCGCUCUCAUUCCACUUGGGACCCACGAGCACGGCACUUGUAUGAAGAAUUAAGGAGUAGGCGCGGAUCGAACGAGACUGUUCAUACUCAUAGAGGCAUGGACGAUGAAAUCUGCCCCUACGCCACCUUCCACUUAUUGGGCUUCCGCGAGGAAAUGGACCCGACCAAGGCCAUGCAAUUCCAGACUUUUCCUCACCCCCACGCUGGCACCAUGGGACCGUCUGGCAUGAAUACUCCGCACCAAAUUCACUCGAGAAAUGGAUCACAGUCGAUGCCCAGACAAAACAACAGCAGAAGAUAUGACAGGGUUGGAUCUCAAGGAGGCAACGGAAGCAUCUACUCUCCAGGACCUGAAUAUGACGAUCCUGCUAAUUGUGCGCCCGAAGACGAGCAGUACGGUUCGCAAUAUGGCGGUUAUGGUGCUCCUUAUGAUCAAUAUGGCAGCCGUGGCUCAAUAGGACGUCGUUCUUUGGGUUCUCUGAGAAUUCCACCAACUAGUAGCUCUCCUGAGCCCCCACCGCCACCGCCGCGCAAUCACGAUCCCUCUUUCAACGAUUCAAAAGAUUCCAACGAGAUAUCUGAAGCCGAAUGCGAUCGCGAUCAAUUGAUUAAUAGUCGCACUUACGGAGUAAUGAGAGGUAACACAAAGGAUGCCUGCAUGACCCACGAGGAAAUGAGAAAACUGAUUGAGAGAAACGAAACAAAGCAAACCGCAGCCACAAACGGGGGACUCACAGCCUACGAUACUGUGGCAGUGUAAUCUUUAAGCCGCUGCAGCAGCGGUAGCACUGUCUACCACAAGACAUUCAUUAUACCGAUUAUUAUAUAUUUUUUGGUAAUAUUUAGCAACUACAUAUAUGAUUUUUGGCAUAUUUCAAUGUUUGACCCUAAAAACAUAUACAAUGUUACAUUAUUCGAUUUAUCAAGAAAAUCAAAUCUAGGUAUCAUUAAUAGUGAAUCACACAUUCAUAUUGAGUGAAUAGAAACAAUAAUUGACAUAAUGUUACCAGAUACGAUUUGAGUUUCAUCCAUCCUUAUUAUCUAUAUAAUUCCUUCCUGUGCAUGAUAUUAUUAUGGUUGCUAAAUAGUUUUUGCAACAAGUAUUCAAUAAUGCUUUUGUAAUUAUUGACUAGACUGAUUUACUUGAUGGAUGAAAAGAUAAUUCUUUGAAAAAUAUGGCAAACAAAAUUGAUAUAUUAAAAUAUUUUAAUUAAAUACUUCUUUUGAUAAUCAACAAUUAAAUAAUAUUUUUUGUUCUCAUAAUGGGCUUCGAGAGCCGCUAUUUACGAAUACGUACACAUUUUGCCAAUUUUAGGGUAAAAUAUCGUAAUUUUUUGUCAUUAGUUUGAGUGUUUUUAUUUAAUGUAAAAAAGUGGCUCAAUGUGUCAUGUGAUAUUUUUAUGUGGUUUUUAACUGGGUUGAUCCGCAUACUAUAUUUUUGAAACAAUCAUAAAUAGUUACAGGGUCAUUUUUUAUAUAUCAGAGUCAGAAGACAAGUUUGAAUUUUGGGUAAAAUUCUUAGAUAUUUUAUGUUUCACUGUUUUUUGGGAUACUGGGCUUGUGGUUAUCACUCUAAUAGAUAUUGAGAAGAUGACGCGUUUUUCUGUAAUAAUUUCCAUGUUUUUCAAAUCAGGCCUUUUGGAUCUAUCGGUGUUAAAGGAUGUCCGAUAAAAAAAAAAUCUGUCGGAUUUUUUAAUAGUGCUAUUUAAAUAUAAUAAAUGACAUUUAACGUAUUUGUACAGAAUUUUACCCAAUCUCUAUUUUUUAAGAAAAGACAUGUCCCACCUCUAAGAUUAAAUGAAAACAGCAAUGAAUUUACAAAUAAUGUCAAUAAGGAUUAUUUAGUUUACUGUCUAAUUAUAAUAAUUAUUCUAGAAACUGAAAAUUCGAGUCCAUAAGUGUUCUGGAACCAAUAUAUUGAUUGUUUCAAAAAAGUAGUAUUCGACUGUGACGUUUUUGUCUCUCUGUCUACAGUUGGUGCCAAAUUUAAACAAAAGAAAAUCCACAAUAUACAAAAAAACCAUCAGUAGGUACCAACAACAUACAUAAUUAUUUUUGUAUAGGUAGUUUGUUUAUUUUUAUGCAUUAGUAGGAUGUUUUUUGUUUUGUUUUUUGUUUAAUAAUUUUCAUUAUUAUUAUUUAGGUAGGUAUCCACCUUCCCACAGGUGCCAUUUUUGAUUUAAAUCUGACUAGGCUAACCCUUCUAUUUGAACAGGUAGGAGUGUCAUUUUGAAAGCAUAAUCGUAGGGAAUGGUCUGACUUAAGAAAUUGCCAGUUGGCAGACCAUUUAAUUUGCAAUCUCCUCAAAUACUUACAGUAACAAAUUUGUUGCUCAAAUUAGCAAGGAGUUGUAUUAAACUCUACUAUUCAAAUUUUCUAACACCUAUUAUUUGGCUAUAAGAUGCACUGUCAAAUUGGCCCAUUCCUUAAACUUUGCUUUUAAAUAUCCACUUUCACCAGAUCAAAUUUAAAAAAAUUAUCCCAAAUAAGGUUUUAAAAUAUACAAUAACUCUGUAUUCUUAGUAUUUUCAAUAAUUAGUGUGGUUGGCGAUUUUCUUUUUUGUUUUUCUGUUAAUUUGAAUAUGCCAUACAAGUUUUUCAAAGGUUGUGUAUCGCCAGCUCUUUAGAUAAUUAUAAUUAACGCUGCUGUAUGAAAUAGGAGUUUUAUUAAUUAUACAGGGAGUCCAAAAUAUCUUGUGCCACCUUCGCUAUCUCAAAAAUAACAACUGUUUUUAAAACUUAUAAAUAAUUUGAUGUAAUAUUUCUAAGUUGGAACAUUUAUGAAUUGACUUUUUUCAUUGGAUACAAUAAUUAUUCUUGGCAUUUAUCACAAAUUGCCCUAAAUUUCUAAUCAAAAUUCAACGACUUAUUAAUGGCAACUGUUUGCUAAUCAUUUUCGAGAUAGCAUUGUAAGAACUUGAUAUUUUUUAUACCCUAUGUAUUGUAACAUUAUUAUUAGUGUUUUUCAACUUUUAAGCAUAUGCAUUCAAAUUAUACUAAUAAUAAUUGUAGAUGUUAAAAUUCAAAAUUAGAUCCAAAAACUAAUAAUAAUAACAAAAUAGAUAAAUCAAGAAUAAUAAUUGAUAGUAAUUGGAUAUUAUAUUAAUUAAAUUUAUGUCAAAAAGCGGAAAUAAAUAUACUCAUCAUCAACCGCAUUUGAUAAUUAUUAUUUGGUUGGUUCUAACAUAGCAACAAGUCAGUAAGUAUAUUGUGUAGUUACAAACCAGACAUUCGUGAAAAUAAUUAAAACUUAGCUUUAUGCCGUUUAAAAUCACUGUAACUGGUUUAUUAUUCCUGCAUUUAGUCCAAUCAGAUUCAAGAAUCCUACAUUGAAAAAAAAUGUAUUUUAUGGAAACAGUACAGAGAUAAUUGUGUGUUGGAACCAUCCUAUUAUUAUUCAGGUCAGAUCAGUUUCUUCAUAGAUAAAUAAUCUUCAGAUAAAUCUUCACUCCUCAAGAUUUUAGCUUAAUAAAGAAAUAUUUCUACUUCAUCUGGAGGAAUUAAUACAACUCUUAGCCUUAUUUAAUAAUGAAAAAAUCGCCCCUUAAACUAUUAGAGUGUCCUAAGAUAAGAUAGCUUCUAGAUGUAUUUAUGAAUUUCAAAUACAUAAUAUAAUAAAUAUGGUGGCAUUUUAGACUUCCAGUAAUUUUUUUUUGAAACUGGGCUGUCCCUAUUUUCUUAUCCAAAGUGCAUGCAGUUUGUGAAUUUGUUACAGUUCAAAAUAUCAGUAUAAAAUUACUGACCUUUGAGCUUUGUUUUCAGUACCAUUUAGCGGUACUUCAGUACUUGAUCGUGUCUAGUUCUGUUCUUUCUACUACACUUCAACCCUAAAAAUAAUAUUGCACAUCAUUGCAUUCAUAUCAGGUAGACAGAUGGGUCAAGUUUCCAAAGGUGAAGGUAAUCACAGGUUUUCAAAUUUAUGUGCAUCCAACAACUCCAAGUUCCUAAGUAGAAUUUGACAGAAUUAUUUAUCAAGUGACAGCAUGCUUGUUUUAUUUUGCUUUUGUAACUAGAACCGAGCUUCCUAUUGACUAUUUUCACAGAAACCUUAGUGGAAAAUAUGUCAAAUUUUUGCUCUUUGAAAAUGGUCAAUAUAUCAUUUGAAAAAUUGGCAAAUGUUUGUGUGUGUGAUAUAACGGUUUGAAAUGCCAUUUUAUGUAUUAAUUUUAUUUGUGUAUCUAAUAAUUAUUGUAAGUGUGCUAUAUAUCCAAUUUAGUGUGUAAGUUAUAAUCUUAUUAUUAUUAUUAUAUUAAUUCUUGUAGUGUUAUAUACUCUCUCUACUUAUUAUACAAUCCAAUCUAUAAAUGAAAUAAUAUUGUGUAAAUUAUUUAGUAUUUUGCGAUAUUUAACCUUUCAUAUACUCUAUCCAUCUACUGUCUUUUGUGUAUAUUUUGCUUACUCUAUUUCUACUUUUUACUCCAUUAUCUAUAGAUAGAUUUGUGACGUAGAUAUACUGCUCACAGGCGGUCUAUCUUGAAAAAAAAAAUACAUAUUAUUGAAAGCUUAUGUACCAAAGUUUGAUUUGAAUAAUAAAACUAAGAAGUACUA